AUGGCGCUACACUCCCAGUAAACACUCUUAUGCAAAGGAAGAAGACUUUUGGUGGACGUCAGCUCUAAGCAGAGCUUUGUUGUUGUUUUUAUUGUUGUUGGUGUUUACCGUUAUUAUAAUUUUAUACACGGACCUCUUACACGAAGGCUCUCAGAAUGACAAAGGCUAAGAAAAUGAAAAGGGAAAAGAUUAGUGUUGCGACUGAGAUUGACCGUAUUGAGGAGCAGCGAUUGAAGUGUCAGAGUAGCCUGGAGAGGGAGGAAUUCAGACAUCGACGUGAGGAGCUCUCAGAUGAAGAAAAACAGGCUCUUGAGGAUGAAAUGGCGAUCAUGAACGAGAGGAUAAAGACGUACGAGAAGGAGCUUGCAGAUUUGCGAGGUGAGAACAGGAGGAAUAUGAUGCUGUCUGUAGCACUGCUGGUCAUCACUGCGCUUUUCUAUUACGCCUUUGUUUAUUGAGGACACCUGUAUCCACACCGCCGCCUUGAGCCGUCAUUCAUCUUCUGUUUUUAGAAGGCUAGUAUUAUUAUUACAUAAUGAUACCUGUGAGACCUGUCAGUGGUGGGAUUUAUGUGCAAGGCAGCAUUUGAACAGUCAGUUUUUGAGUUUGGCAAAAUGGGCAAAAGUGUUUGUAAAGUCUUGGUGUCGGAAACCACAGCAUACCUUAUGUGAAGUCCAUGUUUCUGUUAGUCAGAGCUUUUCUGCACAACAGACCAACACUAUUUUAGAUAGGUGGUGUAUGUACAUCAUUUUACAUUAUUGGCUUCUGGGGUCUGAUCUUUUUUUUGAGUGAAUAAAUUAAAAAAAAGACACAAAAUAGAAUUGGAAGGAAAUAUAUGUAUAUUUGUAAAAACUCAUAAUGAGAACCAGGAGACCUGAAAGAAGGUUCCAUGUUUGUAUUGCGUUUCAGAAAUCAUUUGUAUCACUGUUAACAUUUUUAAUAAGGGUGUAUAAACUUUUUCACUCAUGUGUCAUGUACAGUAUGUGAUGUAUGUUCCGUUAGGGCAAAUAUGUAAUAUGACGAUGUACACAAACAUCCUGCGUACUUGUCUCGUACUUGCCAAAAUCUACACUAGAUCUUACUACAUGUGUGAAUUUUGAUAAAACUGUGUAAAUAUAUAUAAAUAUUUCAGCUGCUGGGGUUUUUGUGGUGUUGGUUUUUUUUUUUUUACAUUUAAUUUAUAUUGGAUAUACAUAUUUUAAUGAAGGGCCACUUUGGGUGAUGUAUUAUAUUCUAGGUCAUUUAUUUUGUUUUUAUAUUAAAUCCUCUGAUAGUUUUGAUCGUCUCUGUGAGUUCCUUACUAUAGAAACCCAAAUUUUAUUUGUCGGUACAACAAACAGCGUAUGAUUGUGUAUGUGAAGGAUAAAAUUAGAAUUUCUAUAGUAACAACUCAUGUGCCACAUAAUAUAAGACUAAUAAUAAUCAUAUUUUAAUAAUAAAGUGGUAUUUUCUUUAAGGAUACAGUUACUAAACUUUUAUGCAAGGAUUCUUCACUGUAAGUAGUUUUCCGCCAUUGGAAAGUCUUCAGGACUGACAAGAUUGCUUGUUCUGGAUUCUGAGUGAAACGACAAGCUCUAAGACAGGGAGAGAGCAUUUAUUAUUGCUAUAACAUAAACCAUUACAGGAAAUAAUAAUUUGUCUUGUUGAUGUUCCACAAUGAUGAUUCAAGCUAUUGUUAACACCAUUUCAUCAUAUAUCAAGCUUAAAUAAAAUGUAUUCUGUCCCUACUGUUGUAUUGUGACUUCGGACUUCUUGAGAUACGCGGAAUGAUUAUUACCCACAUGUUGAAGGUGAAAUAUCAGCAUUAAACUUGAACUCGGGUUCAAAUGCAGUCUG